GGGAGACAUUCGCCUCGAGGUGCAGACCGGCAAGCCCCUGUCGUUCGAAGAGAAGAAAACGAACCUAGACGCUGUGUGGGCUGUGGCUGACUUCCCGGAGAGCAAGCUGGAGGUCGCGGCAAGGUGCAUUGCCGAGAGGUAUGCAGCGGUGCGGCGGCGGCGAAGGGAUGCGGCGCACUGGGCCACGCAGAAACGAGCAGUCGCGUUGCUGCAGCGAAACUGGCGGCGGGCUCUCUACGCUCGAGACCUUGCCGAAAUGCGAAAAAAACGAGUGCGGCAAUCAGAAGAGUCCAGGCCUAAACUUCAGUCGCAUGGCAGUUCGUCCUCUUGCGUAAGUGCAGGGUUCACUGUUGAUCCUGGAGGAACGCAGCGAGAUCGUCCUCUGAAGACUGGUGAAACUGGAGAUGCCGAGGUUGAGAAGAAUGAAGAAACUGCGGAAAGCGAAGCCCAAAGAAGCGAGAAAAAGGAGCGACGACAAAGCGCGAAAAAUAUAGAUGACGUUGAUGCAGUCGAGGGGCAUCACGAAAGUAAUAAGCGGGUUGAAGAUCAUAGCGUGAAUAGAAGUUCUUCUAGCAGGGGAGGUGGAGACUCGAAAUUCCGUGACUUUCGACGUCGCCAGCAGGCACGACGUGCAAACUUCGCUGAUUUUGAUUCCUUCUUUGCUGGUUCAGAAUCUCCUUUAGCAAACGGAAAUGUUGCGUCCUUCUACAGUCUGCAGGGUCAUCAGGAAGGGCUCUCUGCUCCACAUCGAGGCCGUGCAGAAGGAAGUAGCAUUCAUGGUGGUGGUUUCAAAGGUAAGAGCGGCCUCGUCGAAGGAGCUGCAUUUGGCGCGACCAAUUGUGCGGGCUCAGCAAAGGGCACGCCAGUCGCUGGACUGGCUGCGCCGGGCUUUUUACCACCGCCACGACAGCAUGCCAAGGAACGCAUAGUAACAGAUUUCGACCAGGUAAAAGCCAUAGAGGUCUUUAAGUCUGACGAUGAUGAAGACGCGGACGAGGCGGAGCCAACUGUGUUCACAAAAGAGCAGGUGGAGCGCCUGGCGGCGCGUGCUCAAGGACUAGAAGCGGAAGAGGCCGAGGCAGAGAAGCGACGGAAGCUGGCAUUAGCGCGACAGCGCAUGCUAACACAGACAAACGCCUAUGAGGCCGCAGGAGGAGUCAGCACGUCAUCAGACGAUGACGACACCCCUGACGGUGGAGGAGGGUUUUUCGACGUGAUGACGCAGCUUGGCGCAACGCUUGUCGCGACGGGCGCGGGACAACCGACUAAGGACGUGGAGCCAGACACGCAUUUUGCAGCUGCCAUGUUUGAUGACGGCGGGCUAGUAGCUGGGGCAGCGGACGAUCUGCCCCUAGAUGAACACGACGACGGAGACCUCCCCUACGAAGGCUUGGGAUUGCUGGGCGACGUCGAUGAGAAAGGCGACGGCAACCUGGGUUUUUUGUCGGAGAACGCCGGACUAGAUCUUGUGAAUGCACAUCCAGGAGACUUGGAUGCAAGCAUUGCGCCAGACGACGCUGGUAGCGCGGCUGAAGUAGAAGACGGCGAGAAUGGGAAUUCCAGUCCUGACCGACUACGGAGCAAGGCUGGUGAAGGAGAAGGUGCGUCUCGUAUACAAACGAAGUCGUCAACAACAUCAAGUUCAAAACAAGGCAUCGCGGCCCGAGAGGAGGAUGAAACAGCGAGCGAGAGAGAUGUAGCAAAAAGUACUGCGAUGGAACCGACAUCUCCAAAUAGGGCACACGCACACAGGAAUGCAGGUCCAACGACAGACACAGAUUCCGCUGCAAAGGUGCCCGCCGCAUCACUCUCGAACGAUAAGAAAGGACCCUCAGGAGAGGGAGGCGUUGACGCUGGCAUUGUAAAAUCGAAAGCAGAAGCAAGUGCAGUUGCAGAAGAGCCAGGGAAUGUUGAGAAACGAGGCGUCGGCGUCGCGCCGCAACGAUUGCAAACAGAGGAGUUUGGCCUGGGGAGUGAGUCGCUCGAUAAAAAUCCUGGUGUUGCUGGUAGUCGUGCCUCGCCAUCCCGUAGUUCUGGACAGCGGUCUGCUUUCAGUGGUCUGGCGUCAGGAGAGAAGCUGAGGCCACAGCCGUCCUCCUCUCCUGCUAAUCGUGGCGUAUCGGCUGGCGUGCCCAGCUCCCCGUCUAGAAUAGCGAAUCUGGCUGAGGGCGACGCGAUAGUUGAUGACGAAGUAGCCGUCCAGGGCGAUGCGGAUCACGAUGCACUGGCAGAUAGGCGUAUUAACAAAAUAAAAUCGGACCACGGGUCACCCUCGAUGGAGCCAGAAAAACUCGAUUCUCCCCAGAAAGUUUCUGGAGCGGCUCUGUGGCGUGAUGACGGGAGCCCAGUAUCGUUAUCCUCGGGAGGGCGAAAGAGCAGCGUUCUGGAGUCGAAGGAGACAGGGGACCACGAUGAAGGUAUGGCUACCGCUUCCUCAGAUGAUGACGACAUCGUUGAAUGA